AUGGCUCUAAGCCGCCCGCAGGCGUAUGAGGGCAUGUCCCUCCCCGUCUCGCAGAUGAGAUCGGGUCCCAACGAGGGGCAUCCGAUAUACGCAAUGGACCAGCAGCACCUUGCUGGAUCCUUCGGUGGGAACUAUGGUAUGCAAGGUACCCAACAUGGUGAAUACCAAAGCUUGCCCACCGACUCUGGCUGGACGGAGCGUGUUCUCGAUGAAAUGAAGGACAUGCUCGUCCUGCUCACCCCCAGGAACCUCACGGGCCGCGGCGCAAAGCAAUUAGAGGGAACCCUUCUGGCGCAACAUGUUCACGAGGACGACCAGGCGAUCCUUCAAAAGGACUUGGAUGAGUCGGUCGCCACGAACCAAUCCUUCCGGACUCACUUGCGAUUUCAAAAAACGAACGGUACAUACUGCCUUAUGGAGGCCUAUGGACAUCCCCACCUCGCGAACCAGAACGAACGUCAGAGCGGGCGAAGCAUGGGCAAAGAUCUCUGUACUGGCUUUUUCCUGAUAUGCCGACCGUAUCCCAACAAGAUCUCCCAGCUUCUCGACUCUUUCCUAGAGCACAAGAUUGAAAACGCACGUCUGAUACAGCAGAUUGCUAAAUUAAAGCAAGAAGAAGACGAGGGAGCAACCGCAGCUCGAGCACCCUAUCAAAGAUACGACGAGCCCUCCGGUCCUCAGCUCGGGUCUGGGUCUUCGCAAUCCGCCCCAUCAGGGGCAGGAUCCAGUGACCAAGAGUCACAUUCCCCUGACACACUUGGGCCGAACUCCGAUGAAUCAGACACGAAUCAAUCUGCGGAAUUCUACCCAGAGCCGCCCGCCGAGACAUACACGCACAUCGACGGCAUUGAAGUGAUGACAGGUCUCUACUACGGAGAUGGCGAGAGAUCGCAAGGACUCAGUACAGGCGGAAACCGCGGACGAUUGGUGCAUUGUGACAUUGACAUCACGACGGCAGCAGACCAGGAGCGCAAUGCGCAAGAGGGCGACCGACGCAAGCGCCUCAAGGGCCAACAUGUCUGUGGCGACUGUGGAACGGCAGAUUCUCCGGAAUGGAGAAAGGGCCCGAAUGGGCCUAAGACUCUGUGCAAUGCAUGUGGCUGUGAGUCUUCCGUUAUCCCCGCUCCAAUCCUUGCGGGUCUUCAUACCUGUCAACUCUUGGCACUAACUUUGGCUUCUCUAGUGCGUUGGUCUAAGAAGGAAAAGAAACGACAGGAGUCGGCUUGA